AUAUCACAGAAUUCAGCUCUGCUGUCAUCAGAAAGCGAUGAACCCGUUUUUGUAUGUUUUGAAGCAGUUUCAGGGGCUCCACUAGCAAACAGAGAAGUGGUGGGUCUGUUUCAGAAAUGAGGUUUGAGCUCCGCAUCUUUAAGCUAGAUAACUCGAUAGCUGCCUUGAUUUAUUUUUUGCCAUCAAGUUGGCUACUUGCCGAUAUCGAACGAAAUCUGUGAUUCAACACGCUUUAUUGGGGGAACCCCUGCAUAGGAGAUGGCUGCCCUCCCUCUGUCUCGCUCUCAAGUUUUUGGGGAGCUGAGGAAGGAGCUGCAUGAGGAUCAGGAGUUCCAUCAUUCAGACACGCACAUUUUCAUUGUCAUGGGAGCUUCGGGGGAUCUAGCCAGAAAGAAGAUUUACCCAACACUUUGGUGGCUGUUCAGAGACGGACUCCUUCCUGAGGAAACGUAUUUUGUGGGCUUCGCGCGUUCCAGCCUGACAGUCGAGGCUAUCAGGGACGCCUGUCUGCCUUACAUGAAGGUGGCGGAGGUGGAGGCCGACCGUCUCUCGGCCUUCUUCGGCAGGAACUCGUACGUGAGCGGGCGCUACGGCGACGAGGGCUCCUUCUCGCGGCUGCAGGCGCACCUGGGCUCCCUGCCCGGCGGCGCGGGGGCCAACCGGCUCUUCUACCUGGCCCUCCCGCCCAGCGUCUACCACGACGUCACCAGGAACAUCCGGCACCACUGCAUGAGCACCAGGGGCUGGAACAGGGUGAUCGUGGAGAAGCCGUUUGGGCGGGACCUGCAGAGCUCGGAGGAGCUGUCCGCCCACCUGUCCUCUCUCUUCAGCGAGGACCAAAUCUACCGGAUCGACCACUACCUGGGCAAGGAGAUGGUGCAGAACCUCAUGGUGCUCAGGUUUGGGAACAGGAUUUUUGGGCCCAUCUGGAACAGGGACAGUGUGGCGUGUGUGGUCCUGUCCUUCAAGGAGCCCUUCGGCACCCAGGGCAGGGGUGGUUACUUUGAUAACUUCGGCAUAAUCCGUGAUGUCAUGCAGAACCAUUUGCUCCAGAUGCUCAGCCUAGUUGCCAUGGAGAAGCCAGCCUCCACCAGCUCGGACGACGUGAGGGAUGAGAAGGUGAAGGUGUUGAAGUGCAUUACUCCCGUGUCUCUUUCGAAUGUGGUGCUGGGGCAGUACGUGGGCGACCCCAAGGGGCAGGGGGACGCUAAGCUGGGUUACCUUGACGACCCCACCGUUCCCAAAGACUCCAGCACCCCCACCUUCGCCACCGCUGUGCUGUAUGUCCACAACGAGCGCUGGGACGGUGAGAACCACUGCUCUCUCCUUCCUUCUGCCCAUCUUUUUCCCCUCCCCCUGCCUCUCAUUCCCUUUCUUGGUCUUUCCGUCACUUCCUUUCCUUUCCUCUUUUCUUCUCUUUCCCUCUCUCUCCCUCCUAACCCUGGCCCUUUCUCCCCAGGCGUUCCCUUCAUCCUGCGGUGCGGCAAGGCCCUAAACGAGCGGAAGGCUGAGGUGCGGCUGCAGUUCACCGACGUGCCGGGCGACAUCUUCGGCGCACAGUGCCGGCGGAACGAGCUGGUGGUGCGGGUGCAGCCCAACGAGGCCGUCUACGCCAAGAUGAUGAGCAAGAAGCCCGGCGUCUUCUUCAGCCCCGAGGAGACCGAGCUGGACCUCACCUACCACAGCCGCUACCGGGACGUGAAGCUCCCGGACGCCUACGAGCGCCUCAUCCUGGACGUGUUCUGCGGGAGCCAGAUGCACUUCGUACGCAGUGAUGAACUGAGGGAAGCCUGGAGGAUCUUUACUCCCCUCCUUCACCAGAUAGAGCGGGAGAAGACUCCCCCCAUCCCGUAUACUUAUGGAAGUCGUGGUCCUCCUGAAGCAGACGAGCUGGUGAAGAGAGUGGGGUUCCGCUAUGAGGGAACCUACAAGUGGGUCAACCCCCACAGACUGUGAAACCAAGACCAUGACUCUGGAGGGGUGGGGCAGGGGGUGUUGUCAGGGGUGGGGCUGGGGCAGUGUAGAGGGUGUGCUCAGGGGGAGGGGCCAGGGGAGAGGAAAAGAAAGACAGAGAGAAGAAGAGCAAGAGAGAUGACAGAUGAUAAUAAGAGCUGUAACUCUCUCCUUCCCUUUCUCUCUUUUUCUCUAUGCCUCCCAUUCUCAUCUCUGCUCCCAAACUAUCUGACCUCCACAACUAAUAACCACGAGCACAUGGACAACUAAUAAGCAAUGAUAAUGUAUAAUAGUGUGAAUAGCUGGUUUAUAUGUAAUAAUAUAAGUCAUAUUCUUGUCAUAUUCUUAUUGUAUUUCAAGUCAUAAUUAAAUAGUCAUUAUGCUCAUUAUAGCUACAUUAUAUUGUGGAUGAGAGGGAGAAAGAGAGAUUGAGCCCAGUUUCAGUCUCAUGUCCUCACAAAGCAGAGGGCACACACCUGCUGUGUGAGUUGCUUGCUGGCCAGGCUUAAUCCCCUAAAGUCUCAGUGUGUUUGUUACGGAUGCUUUAUUUAAUUUAUGUCAGUUACCAUGUGGUAUUCCCAGCAUGAAUUCCAAAAUAUUAAAUGGGAUGUGUUGCGUUUGAGCUGCAGUCCAUGGGCAGGUGUAAUGGGAAUAUACUUUCCCCACCAGUGGCUCAGUGCUGGGACGAAGGUACCUUGAUCAUCAUCAUCAAUAAAUGCAAGCGGAACUUUGCAGCUAAUGUCGUCUGUACCAUAAGGGUAUGGUGUUAAAAGCAGUUCCUCUUAAACCAUAGCUGUCAAUAGCACAGCCUCAAUAGGAGUCUUUUUUUAGGGACAGAAGCAAUUUCUUAUUUCUGAUUCAUACCUUGUGUUUGACUGUUCAGGAUCACUUUAGUGUUUUAAGUUACUGGUACUCAUUCCAUAAUGAGCCAUUUUUUCUGGUGCUGAGCUGUACUGCAGUUUAGUGUAGAGAAAUAAGUCUUACUCGAGACCAACCUCAUGCAAUAGUCCAUCUCACACACAGUGGAUAUUGUGUGUUACCACAGGGUCUGCUGUUGGUAUUUGUUUUCACCUUAAGAACAGCAGCAAAGUCAGACCCAAGAAACCAGGUGAAGUGAGUUUACUUUGUAAUCAACUGGUUUAAUGUAUCAAUUAAGAGUUGCAUAACAGUGAAACCCAGCAGACCCUGCGGUGGCUUUUUGUAUUACAGUUCUUGUGUUUAUGAUAAUGAACAGGAAUAAUAGUUUUAUAGAAAUGCCUCAGUUUACUGUCAUUGGUCUAGUUUAUAGGGAGGUAGGGAAAGUGCUUUGAAAAAUGUUAAUUGCACAAAGUCGUAUAUAUAUAUAUAUAUAUAUAUAUAUCAAAUGUAUAUAAAUAAGAGGAGAAACAAUAGUGCUGGACUUGCUUAGCUUAGGAGGGAAUGUGGGAGGGAGGAAGGAGGUGGUUGAACUGAAAGAAAAUGCAGGAUAUGGGGAAAAGAGUGUUUUCAAGAUCCCUUUCUGACACCCUCUAAUUUCACCAUUUAAUCUGUCUGCACUCUGAUUGGAUGGAUGGGUUCUUUAACUAAUUGCAGUGCCUGCUUAAAAAGUGUCUUCUGUUCCUCCACCCAGUGUGCAAAUAUUUUAUGUCUGUUACAUUUACUGCUGGCUGCCCAGAAUGCUUCAUUCCAUUGGUUAACUUCGCAUUCCUUUGCCUUUGAAAUGCUUUUUUUAUUUUUUAUUUUUUUAAUGCGAUGAAUCCUGGCUGUAGGCCUGUCCCAUGGCAGUGUCAUCCUGCAUCAGUUCCCCUGUGCUUUAGCACACACUUCCUAUUUCACUGCGCUCCUUCCACUCCACACCCCACCAGCCCGGCUGCCAUAGUUACUGCUGCCAUGGUUACUGCUCUGAAGGGUGUAGCAGCCACUGGUAGACCGCAGUGCACCAGAUCGAUCAGAGGAGGCGCAGUAGGGUGAUGAGGUGGGGGAAGCUCUGCAUGCUGAGCCCCACCCUCAGUGACACUGAGGUCCGACACGCCACACGUGCUGCACAUGCCACGCACCCUCACAUGUCACAGACCCUCUCUUUAUAUGUUUGUGUGUGCUUAUCGUGGCACUCACAUCUUUCUUAUUCUACAUCUCCCUCACUGUGUUCUUAUAGGAAAUGCUAUGCUCUUGCAGCCCUGCAGAAAAAUACAGUAUUUUUUUUUUUUAUUUUAGAGAAGGAAGAAAUGUUCACAUGCUGUGAGCAGAUAACUGCAUAACUACCCCAAAGGGAGCACUUAGAGGCCAGUGGUUCUGCUGCCGUGUCUUUGUUUAGUCUUAUUUUUGUUGUACUCUUGACUAUUGGAUUUUGUUUGCACUUAUAAGUGUAAAAAAGGUUAGACAUUUUAAAGUGAUACUUUAUUGACACAAAAGCAGGUACUGUCUUGAGACUUAAUAAAUUAGCUUUUUGCUGCUUAUUACCAUGUCUGCUGUGUUUUCAGUUCACACACAGUGGGGAUGCAUGGUGAUAUCAGGAUCAUAUUUGUGAUUGCUGAUAUAAUAGUCUAAAAUUAGCUUACCUGUAUCGGCCCAAUGCCAAGAUUAUGGGCAAACUGAUAUGAUCAGGCAACAUGCAUGCCCCAAAGAACCAACAUAUGUACAUUGUGUAAAUGUAAUGCACAAAUAGUAUCAAAAUCAUAGUUAUGUAUUAUUUUUAUUUUAUCAUUUUUAUCUGCCAAGCUCGCCCUCAAAGCUAUAAAGAGACUGUGUAGUUCUCUAGAUGCAUGUUCUGCUUAAUUAAAGUAAGGAAGUAUAAAUAUUUUGUCCUACAAAUUAAACUUUUUCCUUUAUAAGUUGA